UCUUCAUUUUCUCAUCUUUUGAUUCUCUUCUCUUUCUUCUGUUAGUUUGAGCAUUCAGGCGGCAGAUCUUCUCAACACUGAAGCAGUUUCGACGCAUCCAUUUCCUCCUGGAGCAGAAGACCCGAUAAAAUCAGAACCCUAACAGAGCUCUCUGUUUGUCAUUCUGAGAAGCCAUGUUUGUUAACCGAUCCGCGAUUCGACUUCAAAUCGGCCAAGCAUUUCGCGCCAUUGUCCCCGGAGCUUUUCGAGGUACUUGUGCAGGUGUCACGGAUAAAUUGAAUUGUCACGGUGAUGUCAUUCAUCGAUUAAUGGGAAGUUUAGGCAGUCAACUAGGUAGAAGCUCGAUACACUCAUCAAGUCAGAAGGAGUUUGAAAAUGGAACCGGUCAAAUGACAAGAUCAACCGGUCAAAUGACAAGAUCAAUGGAUUUCGUGAGGGGAAUCAUGGAAGAAGAUAUAAAAGGUUUUCCCAGAAAUAAUAAUAAUAAUUGGAUGCCUCAGUAUCAAGUGGAGAACAAUGCAGAUAUCCUCCAUAUAAGGAUGAUGAGAAACAAUAGUAAAGUAACUCUGACUGAUUCAAAAGGGAAAGUAAAGUUUAAUAUAUCAGCAGGAAUGUUAUCAGGAGCAACAAAAGUUUCUCGAUAUUCAGCUGAAUCUGCUUCGGAACUUGCUGGGCGAAAAAUAAGGGAAAUGGGAAUCAAAUCGGUGGUUGUGAAAGUGAAUGGGUUUACUUUCUUUAAGAAGAAGAGACAGGCGAUCUUGGCUGUGAGGGAAGGUUAUACUAAUAACCGGGGAGAUAAGAAUCCUAUUGUGUUUAUCGAAGACACCACUCGCAAGGCUCAUAAUGGAUGUCGGUUACCCAAACAACGCAGAACCUAACCUCUUUAUUUCUCUUGUUUUUGGAAGACUUUAAAGUGGAAGACUUUAAAGUUAUUUUCUAGCUAUGGAGAAUAAUAAUGGCUGCUUUUAAGACUUUCAGACAUUGUACCUGAAGAUGAUUCUUCUUCUUACUCUGUUUUUUGUCCUCUUUUUCUCCAUUGUCUGAUUAUUAUUGAUUGAUAUAUUGUAGAAGAAUGGAAACAAAUGAGGUAUGGUAAGUAAUUGUAUUGUUUCCAGCCCCAA